UUGCGUUUAUCCACUCGAGCAUAAAUUUAUGUACAUAUAUCUUCAAAGUAGUGGGUUUAAAAAAAUUGACCCAUCAGUAACUUGUCGACAUUCAUCGAGAAUGGAGCUUAGUUAUAUUCUUGCUUCAAUAGCAUUUGUUCUAUUUCUUCUCUACUUUUAUUUAUCAUGGCAAUACAAUUAUUGGCAAAGACGAGGAAUACCAUCGGCCAAGGGUACAAUUCCAGGAUUAGGACACAUGCUACCAGUGUUUACUGUUCAAAAAAGUAUGGGAACAUUGGGCGAAGAUAUUUACAAGGAGGGGAAAAAUUACAGCAUGAUUGGAUUUUAUCGUUUAUUUACUCCAUUAUUAUUAAUUCGUGAUCCUGAACUUGUGAAAAAUGUUCUUCUAACAAAUUUCUCUUCAUUUAGUGAAAAUCCCUUUAAAAUUAAUUGUCUCGAAAAAGAUGAGCUUAUUAGUUUAAAUCCAUUUUUUGUUAAUGGUGAAAAAUGGAAACAAGCACGAGCACCAUUAACAAAUAGUUUCUCCAGUAUGAAACUAAAAAUGAUGUUGUCCCUUGUUUUAAAUGUAGGCUCAAAAUUAUCAAAUUACCUACACAAUCAAUGUAAAGAUAAUAAUGAUAAAAUUGAUCUUAAUCUCAAGAAAUUAUGUCACAAAUUUACCGGCGAAAUCUCAUCAACUGGAAUGGGUAUUGAGGCACACAAUUUUCAAGAAGAAUUACAACCAAAAAAUGGUGAGAUGACGUACAAUCAGAUAAUAAAUAAAAUUUUUGACAAUCCAUCACUUAAUACUGGUAUUCAUCAGAUGAUUAUGUUUUUUAUGCCAACAUUGGCGAAAUUAUUUAAACUCUCUAUUACACCUAAAGAGGUCGAUCAAUAUUUUCGUCAAAUUGCAAAAACAAUUAUCAAUAAUCGUAAAAAAGAGAAACGAACUUAUAAUGAUUUCAUGCAAAUUGUUCUCGAUUAUCAAAAAACUCACGAUAGUAAUAUGCAUGAAGAAACACUUGCUGCAGCACACAUGUUGUCAUUUGCUGCCGAUGUUUAUGAAACAUCAGCAAUAACAAUGAGUUUUCUAAUUAUGGAUAUAGCAAGUCGACCCGAAAUUCAAGAGAAAGUACGCAAUGAAAUUGUUAGUUUAUUAAAAAAAUACAAUGGCGAAUUAACAUACGAUGCACUUAAAGAAAUGACAUAUUUAGAAAAAGUUUUAAAUGAAUCACAAAGAAUGAAUCAUAUUGGUGGAACAUUCUUUAAAAUUUGCACAAAAAAAAUAAAACUCGAGGGCAAUGAUGGAUUAUCAUGUGUUAUUAAACCAGGACAAACUGUGGCAUUUUCUGCUUAUGGAUUACAAAUGGAUUCAAAAUAUUGGCAAGAACCGGAAAAAUUCAAUCCCGAAAGAUUUAAUGAAGAUGAAAAGAAUAAUAGACAUAAAUUUACAUUUCUUCCAUUUGGUGAAGGACCAAGAAUAUGUGUCGGAAUGAGAAUGGCUGCAAUUCUAAUAAAAGUUGCUGUUUUUACAAUUAUCAAAGAUUUUUCCGUUGAAGUUUCACCAAAAAUGAUUUUUCCAAUUGAAAGAGAUGAAUCCUCUUUUCUUAAUUCUCCCAAAGGCGGAUUUUGGGUGACCAUAAAACCACUAAAAUCAACUAGAUAAUUUUAAUCAUUAAUUGUUAUUUUUCAAGUUUGUGCUAAUUUUUUUUUUUUUAUAUAAUUCUUUGAAAAAAUUUGGAAUUUGUAUCUGCAAAAUGGAAAAAGUGAUAAAAUUUUUUUUUUUUGGAAAAUUGUACUGAAUAUGAAAAGUGAAGUUCGAUGUAAAAUAAUUAUUUGUAAAAUUUUUAACAAAUGAAAGUGACUGUUGGUGUUAUAGUACAAAAAUAUUGUAAAAAGUUUCUGUAUUGUAGAACUGUUCAGUAAUAAUUUAGAAUAGAAAAUAAUUAUUAUUAUUAUUCUGUAAUAAAAAAUUUUUUAACACUCUUAUUUAACAAAUAAUAUUAAAUAUUUAUCAAAUUAAAACA